CUUCCAGCCAUGUCCUAUGUUGAUUGUAGCAGUGCCGCCCUGAUGGAGAAGGGCGUUACCCAUUGAGCACCGAAGUAUUGAAGCCUCUGUGGAGCUUUGGGAAGUAUUUUCGAGAAGACCUCGUUUUGGUCGUUCCGGUCUUCCCUCCCGUCCUCAUCCGAUCAGCUUGGUCUCGCCCCGGAUUGAAAGCGUCGUCAUCCCUUAAUACCAAGUCGCCUGCAUUGAGAUUGAUAUUGAGACUCGUUCCCAUAACAGAAACUACCAAGCCUUGGGGACUGAUGCAGAUCACAGUCCAAGAUGCCUACAAAUCUAUAGCGCGGACUUGGCACGGGGUUCGAUCGACAGCCGCGUAGACGAGGCUGUCUUGGAGCCUUGGCCCCGAGGACCUCAACUCCUCCUUUCAACCACGGAAUUUACUGACCCAUCCAGCCUGGACAUACAAUAUCGAGGCCCCUCCAACUUCUGAACAUAUCUCACCAGCCGCUAGAAUUUUUACUGUCCGAAUUUUACCAGAGUCCUCGGGAGAUCCCGUCAACCCAUACAACAGAUCACUUGAGACAACUCCCAUCGAAAAUCCAAACAUACCCGAAGAGGAUCUUCCCGGUAUUGAAACAGCUGUGAGGAAAGCAGACUGUCAUCUACGUCACACCUCGACCAUGUCUUCUUCUCUGGGACCAUUCAUACAGCCACCAGAAUCGGAAGACGACGACCCCAUCAUCCACCCCUCCCUGCAGCGGUAUAUUCACGGACUUCCGGAUUCCCACACCAACUACGCACGCUUCUUCUCCGCCCUGCUCAUCCCGCAACAGUCGCACGAGCAGUUCUUUGUCGACUUGAAGCAGUUCCGCGAGCAGGGCCCCAUAGUUUAUCUCCUGGCGCCGGGCACUUCUGGGAACUACCGCGCCGUCUCGCAGAACUUUGUCCGGUCACGUUUCGCGCACCCGUGGUGUCGCGUGCAGAGUGAUUUCGGCAAGGGGUGGCGUGGCGCCAGCUGGUUGGGAAGCUCCGGUGCCCGGGUCGACGAGCGGGUGAGGAAGGAAGAGGAACGGCUGCAUAAGCUGCUCGUCCCGAUUUGGAUCGCGAUGAGGCGGAGAAUGUUUCCUGGCGAGGAAGUGGUCAAGGAGUGGAUCGAGAAAGAAGACGAGCGGGAAAGAGCUGCAGCAGAGGAGAAGAAGAAGAAGAUCAAGGCCGAGAAUGCGGAAUCCAAGUCGGCGUCGCCUGAAGCCUUGAAUCGUGGUCUCCCGUCAGGCCCGCCGCCCGGCUACUCUGAACUCGGCUUUGCUACUAAGUCUACGAAGCCUUCGACGACGCAACCGGGCACUAUGGAUCCCAACGGAGCAGCGUCCGCCUCCAAGCUGUUCCUGGGCGUGGCCGUCACGGGAUUCAUCAUGAGCGACAAGCGCAUCCAGAAGUAUGUCGAGAAAAAGCUGUUUAAGAAGUGACGCUCCUGCGCGGCAGCACGAGUUGAGAAACGACACUAGGAAGAGGCGCAGCUAUCGGCCUACAUCGCUUCGGCCGUGCAUCAACCGGGCAAUUAAACUCGAUGUGCAGGACAAGCAGCAGUGUAAUGCUGUCUCCUCGAAGCCCCGUCCUCGUCCGUCCUGAGCGAAGAAUGACAACACGACAUCGAUCUGGGUAGUUCGGCCCACCUAUUGCCCAUGUGCAGUUGGCAUCACUCGCACGGUUUGGGCGUGCACGAAUCUCACGCACCGACGGCCCAGCACUGCGCCUAGGCGUGGAUCAAAUGGGACAGUAAAGCCGCCAUGAUGUCCAUUGCGCUCUUACGGCUGUUGCCUGUCUUUAGCCCGAGGGCACAUCACAUGUCUUUCAGACCUUUGCCUGAAGUUGAUAUGUGAUGGCGUUUCUGAACCACGAUGGGGAGCCACUUUCGAGCAUGCCACCACGCGGCGUACCGUGUCGAUAAGGACUUGCCGCUCCUUUCCUCCUCUGCCUCGAGACUUGCCCUGGUCGUUGAUUGUUCCGUUCUGCGUCCUGAAUAGAAUGGAGGAACCGAAAAGGGCUCACCUGGAGGAUAUGAAGCCCAUAUAGAGGUGUAACAAUAUUCAUGGUUGUAAAAACAGGUUCUUGAGAUGGUUCAAGGUCGUAGUCCUGGUAUGGUUUUCAUGGUCUUCUCAGAAGACUGCCCGCGCUGCAUCGUAGCAUAGUAAUACAUACAAUUCCCAUGGCCUUUCC